UAUCUUUUUCCUUGUUGGUCCACUUGAAAACUCCCCUAUUUAAGCUACAGAUAAAGGAGACGAGGCUCCAAAAGUAUCUGAUAACAUUAACCAAUGGGGGAACAAAUCGCCAUUGUUGGAGCUGGUAUUAGUGGACUUAUUGCCUGUAAGUACUGCCUGUCAAAGGGUUUCAAACCCCUUGUUUUUGAGUCUCAAAGUUGCAUUGGAGGAGCGUGGACUAAAACUUUCGAGACCACAAAGCUACAGACUCCGAAAUCAUUGUAUCAGUUCUCGGAUUUUCCCUGGCCAUCUUCGUCAACUGAGGAGUUUCCUGACCAACAUCACGUUUUGGAUUAUGUUCAAUCUUAUGCACACCAAUUAGACUUGGUUAAGCAUAUCAAAUUCGAUUCCAAGGUUGUUUCCAUUGAAUUUGAAGGCUCUUCCGAUGACGAGAUGCAGUCCUGGAGUUUGUGGAAUGGCAAUGGUUUGCCCUUUAGCCCUCAAGGGAAAUGGAAGGUCAUGGUAGAGGACUUACAAAACAAUUCAACAGAGGUUUACCAAGUGGACUUUGUGAUUCUGUGUGUGGGGAGAUUAAGUGGUGUUCCAAACAUCCCGGAAUUUCCUCCAAGCAAGGGUCCAGAAGCAUUUCAUGGCAAGGUGAUACAUUCCAUGGACUAUGCCGCCAUGGAUUAUGAAAGUGCAGCCAAAUUUGUCAAAGGGAAGCGGGUUACUGUUGUUGGGUUCCAGAAAUCUGCAUUGGAUAUUGCAAUGGAGUGCUCAGCAGCCAAUGGGGUGAAAAUUCCAUGUACAAUUUUAUACAAGACUGAACAUUGGAAUGUACCUGAUCACCUUCCUUGGGGGUUACCUAUGGCAUUUCUUUAUCUUAAUAGGUUCUCAGAGCUUUUGCUUCAUAAGCCUGGAGAAGGGAUCCUGCUAAGUCUCUUGGCAACAUUGCUUUCACCACUGAGAUGGGGAAUAUCAAAAUUUGUGGAAACUUAUAUCAAGAAGAAGCAUCCAUUGGCCAAGUAUGGAAUGAUACCAAAACAUAGUUUCCUUCAAGAUAUCAGUUCAUGCCUAGUAUCAACAGUACCAGAAAAGUUCUAUGAGAAAGUUGAAAAACCUGUCUCCCUUUGCGAAAUGCAGUUUGCCUAUUUGUGA